UGACGCCGUAAAGCCGGUCGAUUUCUUCCUCGAGUUGAAGAAACUUACUCUCGCGGUUCAUUUAAUGAAUGUGUCCAGCGGUUCGAUUUCCUCAUGUCUCAUUCGUAAACAACAGAGUUUCCUCGGGGUUUGUUUCGUUGGGGACGUCUUCCCUGUCUAUAUAUCAUUUGGAGCAUUUAGUGUCUGAUUUUGAAUUUAUACAUUUUAAUAUGAUUAUGAAUUGCACAAAAGUUAAAUUAAAUAUUGCACAACGAUGGCUGUCGACUGUGUUUAGAAGAAAUUUAACCGUUUUGGGUAUUGAAACAUCUUGCGACGACACGGGUAUUGCAAUUGUGCGGCGUGAAAAUGACAACAAUAAAGUACUGGCUAAUGUUAUGAACUCACAGCAGAGUUUCCACAUAAGAUAUGGUGGCAUUAUACCACCACGUGCCCAAGACUUACAUCGAUCGAAAAUAGCUGAAGUUUAUGAACGUUGUUUGGUGGAGGCAAAUAUCAAACCCGAAGAAAUUGAUGCCAUUGCUGUUACAACCCGGCCAGGCUUACCUCUAAGUCUCAUGGUUGGUUUACGUUUUGCCCGGCACAUUGCCAGGACAUAUAACAAACCAAUGGUACCAGUUCAUCACAUGAAAGCCCAUGCCUUGCAGGCUUGUAUGGAACACACGAUACCAUAUCCAUUUUUGUGUCUACUCAUUAGUGGUGGCCAUUCGCAGCUGUGUUUUAUAAAAGGUCCAGAAGAAUUUCUCCUGUUGGGCGAAACUUUGGACGAUGCCCCCGGUGAGGCAUUUGAUAAAAUAGCUCGACGUUUGCGUCUAUAUAUUAAUCCAGAAUACCGUAACUGGAAUGGUGGUCAAAUAGUGGAGCAGGCUGCCAAAUUGGCCAGUAAUCCAGAGGCAUUUGAAUUUCCUUUGCCGUUGGCCAGAAUGCGUGAUUGUAAUUUUAGUUUUGCCGGCAUUAAAAAUAAUUCAUUUCGCGCCAUUAAGAGACAGGAAAGGAUAGAGGCUUGUCCUCCCGACUCUGUAAUAACUAACUAUGCUGACUUUUGUGCCGGUCUGUUGAAUGCAAUUUCACGACAUUUAAUGAAUCGCACUCAAAGAGCCAUGGAAUUUUGCAUAGAACGUGGUUUGUUUUCAGGCAAUUGCCGUUCCUUGGUAGUGUCGGGCGGUGUGGCCAACAAUGAUACCAUUUUCAAUGACAUUAGCCAUUUAGCCGAACAAUAUGAUUGCAAAACAUAUCGCCCCUCUAAGAAAUAUUGUUCAGAUAAUGGUGUUAUGAUAGCCUGGAAUGCUAUAGAACAAAUUAUGAAUGAUAAACAAUGCCUCACGUAUGAUUAUUACAAAAUCGAUGUACAAGGAAAGGCGACAUUGGGUACAUCAUUGCUACAAGAAGUUGUUGAGGCCGAUAUUAAAUGUAAAUGGAUAAAACCUUUGAGAAAUGUCGAAAAUAGUUAAUAGUCUUUCAAGGAAUAUUUAUUUUCUCCUUUAACAUGGAUACAUUGACCAAGUACAAACAUUGAUGAUGAUGGCGAUACAGACAUUAAAAACAAAUUUAUUAUCUCAACGUUACUCCAUCGCUAAUGGAGAUGAAUUGUUAUACGAAUGCUUUUCAUUUGGUUUUUUGAUUUUUUGUUUACUUUUAUAAAACAUAAUAAUAAUAAAUAUUAUAUAAUAAUA